AUGCCUCCCACCACUUCAGCAUUCGCAGCGCAGUUGCGCACGAUUGCCGCGAAAUCCACGAACGAAUUAGACCUCCGCGCACGUCGAGACGCUCACGCCGAAUCCCUCAUAUUCGAUCGCCCGGUAGCUGCAAAGCAAGAUUGGGACACAAUAUAUCAGAUAUGCGUCGAGGGGUAUCAAGAGUUGUGCGUACUCGAUUCGAGACUACGAGAGUUUGACCAAAAUCUCUUCAGCCCCCAAGCCAAGGAGCAAGACAGAGAACAGUUGAACAAGGCACAAAAUGAAGCCCUGGGUGUGGUUAUUGAACGAUGCCUGGCCAUUCUUGGGUCCAAAGUUCUUCUGAGACCGGGCGUACGGGCUGUGGAAUGGCUUGUUCGAAGAUUUCGAGUCCAUGUCUACAACACCUCUGUUCUGCUCGCCACUUUUCUGCCUUACCACGAGACGCCCGUGUUCCGAAAUCUCCUGAGCAUCAUACCAGCCAACAAGAUUGUAAAUGAGUGGAAGUUCUUGGGCCCUUACCACAAGACCGCAGCCAAUGUACCGCGCCACGCCUUGGUUUACAGUGCCACGAAUAACGAUGCAUUUUUCUCAUAUUUUAACAACUACGUGCUGCGGACGUGUCAAGAAGGAGCCGGACAUCCACAACUGCUGCGCUUUUGGGGAACACUGAUUGUGGAAUCGGUGACCGGAAGACUCAACCAGGUUCGAAGUGGGCGAAAAGAAGUCGAAAAGCAAAGGUUAGAGGAUGCCUUGAGAAAGAUUGUCCCGCUUCUCGAGGAAGGUUUCGAGAUCAGAGACAGCCCAGAAGUCACCGUCACUUGCUUCACCAUAUCGCUCCUCUUAGCAAGCAAUUCCAAUCUACAAGACGCCGUCAUCGAUUCGUUGAUGAGAUCAGUCGCUGCACAUAUCCAAACCGACGGUUCAGACCCCAAGUCCGCGCUGGCUUGUCUAGUUGUGCUUGCCACUCGGAAGAAUGAACCAAAGGUGCCAAAACAAGUACUAGAACUUCUCAUCAAACGGCGAGAAUUGAAACAAAGACUACUGGAACUCAAAGACCAGGUUCCUGUCACUUCAUUCCUCGAGGUCCUGGUCCAUUCCGCGCUCACUGGUCUGAAACCGUCGAACUUGGACUCGCGGUUUGCAUUCAUCGAGAGGCUGUUCGACGUGGGUUCCGCAUUAGUCGACCCAUCGAGCAUCAGUCAAUGCCUCGCAGUCGUACUCCGGAAGGUUGAAGAGGCUACCGGAACCCCUAGCCGGGAAUACUUGACAAGCCUUUUGCGUAGACUGAACGACAACACUAGCUUCGCGUCAGUCUUUCCUCAGGCCAUACAGCUAGCUGGAAACUCUUUGAGCGACAUUGAGGCCAUUCUCGAGACCGCUAUUGAACCAAUGGACGACGUUCGUAUGAUCGAGUAUAAUCAAAUGGAGCCUGCCGAGGUUUCACUCGACUCCUUUGAAUCCGAGAAGCUCGAAUCAAUGCUAGCAAACCUGCCUGCAGAGUCAGUUGAUCUGUCAUUCUUAGCUACCAGGACCUCUCCGUUGUUUGACCAGCUUCUCCAAGCUUUUGCACUUUGCCAUAAAUCCGAAGAUGCCUCUGCGCGAUUCGAGACUCUGCCACUAUGGGGCAAUAGUGAUGACCAACCUUCGAAUUUGAAGACGAGCUUUUUCUUGAGAGUGGCCUUCAAAGCUACGACGACCUCCCAGCAGGUCGCGGUACUCAAGGGCCUAUCAAAAGGCCUCGAAAAUACGUCUCAUAGUCCCUCGCAAAUGCUGUUUCCUUACCUGGCAACCAUCCUCGCGGAUCCAGUACAGCCCGUGAGACGAGGAGCUGCAGCAUGCUUGUUGACUCUUCGAAAGCGCCUGGCCGAGGACUUUAAGGAUGAUAGCUCCGCAGAGACUUCAGAACUUUACGAUGGAUUGUCAAUGACAAACAUCAAACGACUGCUGCCGAGCCACGUAGUCAAGCUACUCGAUCAAGUAUUCAUUCCGAACAUGGAAGAAUGUGUGCUUGAAGCAUCGCAUGUUCGCCGGGCUCUGGAGACUGCCUUCGAUAGCCCUGCUCGAUCAUCCUCCUCCGGAGCCAAGACCGCAAAUGUUGAACUGAAGAAGAGCUUGAAGCAUGAUUUAUUCGAUCAGCUAACUCUGUGCGCGACGAUCACUCCACUGACCAAGGUCAAGCUUGGUAUCAUCGAGCUUCUCAGUGGCGUUCAGAAAGUCGGCAGUAUCAGCACGAGCAAGGCCUUAGCACCUGUCCUCAAGAAUUGGGCAUCAUUGAAAGAAGACGAAGCCAAGUCCAUCGCCGCCGCAGAGAAUCUGUCUCUUGCUCAUAUCGAUGCAGUUAUGGUUCAGAUUAUCAAUGGCCGCAGUAAGGAAGCGGUAGAACAAGCUCUCGAGAUGCUCAACGAAGCGAGUGAACACAUGAGGCCCGCGUUGGUGACAGCCUUCUUUGACCGACUGAUCCUCAUCUGGAAAGAUGUGCGCCGCGAGUCACAGAUCUCCUCAGCUGGACUUCUAUUUGACAUGUCUUUCUCCGACAGCCACGCUUUGGCAAGCGGUAGCCAAAAUGUUCUCCAGUCAGUCACUCUCUCAACGGAAAUCCUGGCUUCGUUCUUCGAACUUGCGACCUCAGGCAUAUCGGACCUGCAGACACUUGCUCCCCCCAAGAAGAAGAGGAGAACUAGUCAUGGUCGCGAAAGCCUCCCACGAGAACUGGCACAGACCCUUACCGUCGUGGAUUCGCGUUUGACCUUUGCCCUGGAACUUGUCGAAAACUCCAAGCCAGAAAAACAUACUCAAUUGCUAGGUGACCUGUUCGAAGUCCUGAUCUCUCUCAGACGAACUGAGGAUAGAGGUAUUCCGGCAUCUCCAUACCUGACCACUUUGUGCCUGAGUAGCAUUUUGUCUAUCGUCAACAAGAUAGGGGAAGCUCGAAGACCAGACCUAGAUGUGUCGAAAAUCCGUCCCGAUCUGGUCAUUGAUUGUGCUCGCUCCUCAGAGAACCCCCAGGUCCAAAGCACUGCCCUUCUACUUGCCGCUUCCUUGGCCUCUUUGGCCCCUGAUCGCAUAUUACACACCAUCAUGCCGAUAUUUACCUUCAUGGGCCAUGGCAUCCUAGCUAAGGAAGAUGAAAGAUCGAUCUACGUAACGAACCAAGCCAUCGACCAGAUCAUUCCUCCCUUGGUCGCAACAUUAAAGAAGCAGGAUGCUACCAACUUGGUUCUGUCAACGUCCAGCCUUCUCUCGAGCUUCGUCACAGCAUAUGAUCAUAUCCCGCAACACAGACGCAAUGCUUUCUACCAGAGACUACUCAAUAGGUUGGGUGCUGAAGAUUUUGCCUUUGCACUCAUUGCACUGCUUGUGUCUAGACGGCAGCAGGAUAUGUCGGUAUUCUUUUCCAACUUGGUAGGCGAUUUGUUGCCGUCGACGCAAAUUUCCACCCAGAAAAAGAUUCUUGACUUAGUGAACGAUGUCUUCGCGGAUAACCCGCAUAACGCAGAGCCGCUUCUGAAUAUUACAAAAACCAGCAAGAAAGACGAGCGAGAAGAAACUGCCAAGAUUUUGCUGGCUACUUCUUCCAAGUUACUCGCUUCCAGCGGUCUCAUCUUCUCCGUGAAGCGUUUGCACAAGUUGGGAGAGGCCGAGGCUGAAUCAUUCUGGAAAGUCUACAGAAGCUCUCUCACGCAGUUCUUGUUCAUGCUCAGAGAUCAGAAAGUCAACCAUCCAAGCUUGACUAGCACAACGAGGAAUUGCCUGAGUGCACUACUCGAACUACCGUCCUUGGCCGAGUUGCUACACAUCAUGCCCGAGCUCUUGAGUGAAAUAGAACAAAUUGGCGACAAGGAGCUACAGCCUUUGGCGUUGCGUGUGCUCGCCACACAACUCCAGCAUCAUGCCCCUAAGGACAGUCAUACUCAAGCCGAGGCCAUGGCACUACUUCCUACUAUCCAGACGAUCAUUGCGUCGUCUAAGGAUGAGACUUUCCGACACGCGGCGAUUACACUCCUGGACCGCAUCGUCGAAGUCUAUGGUCGCAAGAGCCCUGAUGCCAUCAUCGCUGCUACCAGUGUUCUAACCCAGGGCGAGUACGGAUUAAACUCUCAAGACUCCAGGACCCAAGUCAUGUCUCUUCUCUGCUUGGCCUCUGCAGUGGAAGCUCUCAAGGAGGCAGCUGUACCGAUUGUGCCGUCAUCGAUGUCCAGAGUGCUAGGUCUACUGGAGUCCAGUGUUGCAGGUGAUGUUGGCAAUACGGAGCUGCACAAUGCAGCCUACACACUGCUCUCAUCGUUCAUCUCACACGUGGCGUUCAUGGUCUCUGAUGAAAACGUAGUCGAGAUCCUCAAUCUGUGCCACAAGUCAUCAGCAUCCUCCAAUCUGGACCCAUCCUGCAAAGAGUCUAGAACAGAAACACUCGAUUUGCUUGCCAAGAAGAUCGACCUGAACAUCGUGACGGACAGUCUCAACCAAGUCUGGAAAGAUGUCGUCGUGGCAGACCUCACCCUCGAAACAGUCACUGAAUAUUUCGACCUUCUUUCUCGUGCCAUCGAUCGCAACUCCAAGCCUAGCGUGGUCCGCAAUGCCGAGUCAAUAUCCACGUUCAUUCUUCAAGUGAUGGAUCUCCGACGACUGAUUUCUUCCUCGUUGAACGAGACUGGCUUAUCCAUCGACAACAUCAAGAUCAUCGAGUCUCGACUACAAGACUUGUCUAUUCCCUUCAUCUACAAACUCAACGACUCCGCCUUCCGCCCACUCUUCGAGACUUGGGUCGACUGGGCGAUCAAACCGGUCGAUUUGCCUGGCGAGGGUGGUGCGAACACGGCAAGACAAACAAGUCUGUUUGGUUUCGUCAACCACUUCUUCGCCACCCUCAAGAGCAUCGUGACCAGCUAUGCGAGCUACAUUCUCGAGGCGGCCAAUAACGUGCUGCGCUCUGCCACCGUCAGCGCCGCACCGUCCGAUGACGACCUGUCUCUCUACAGAUCGACGUUGACCCUCUUGACCACAGUCAUGGACCACGACGCCGACGGCUUCUUCGCGUCCCCCGGACACUUUUCACCCCUCGCGGAACUGCUCGUGUCUCAACUCGGGUUGUCAUCUGCGAAACCGAAACCCUUCCGCGCCGCCGUGGGGGAGCUGGCCAUCCCGGCGAUGGUCAAAUUGGCCACGGCGACAAUGGACACGCCGUCGCACCACCACGCCAUCAACCACGGCCUGUGCCAGCUCCGACACAACCCCGGCGCCGCCGUGAGACUGGCGGCCAUCAGGACGCACCUGGCGCUCACGCAGGACGAAGACGUGGGCGAGGAGUGGGUCAACAACGUCGUCGUCGGGGCGAGCACAGAGGGCGUCGGUGGCAGUGGCGAGACCAUGGUCUACGUCAAUGAGAGUCUCGAGGAUGACGACGAGGAGGUCGAGCGCGAAGUGCGGAACUGGGUGCGCAUGGUCAGGGAGAUGGUGGGCGAGGAUGUUUUUGAGAUAUGAAAUAGCUUUCCGGAGUAAUUGCAUCCUCUUUCGAGUGGCUCUCCCACCAGGCCUCUACUUUAAUGAAUAGGUGGCUUGAACGUACGUCACUGUACAGAGUACACAGGACAAAUGGUGUUUUCAAACAUGGAUAGAAAUUAGAAAAGGUACAGUAUGCUGUACUGUCGGU